AAUGAGCAGUGCUGCAUUACGUAAGGCAGAUGCGUGGUUUAUAACAGGGAAAUCGAAGCGCUGGAGUAGCGGAAGUGGUACUGCCCUGAACGAUAGGCUGAUCGAGACGGAAGACUGAAUCGCCCGGAGAGAUAAAAACAGAAUAAAAAUCAUCCAUACCUCUAGAAGAUGGACAAGAACGACCUGGUACAGAAGGCUAAGCUCGCUGAGCAGGCUGAGCGCUACGAUGACAUGGCUGCGGCCAUGAAGUCGGUGACCGAGCAGAGUGCGCCCUCGGAGCUCUCCAAUGAGGAGCGCAACCUGCUUUCCGUCGCCUACAAGAAUGUGGUCGGAGCGCGCCGCUCCUCCUGGCGUGUCAUCUCCAGCAUCGAGCAGAAGACGGAGGGUAACGAUAAAAAGCAGCAGAUGGCCAAAGAAUACCGGGAGAAGAUCGAAAUGGAGCUGAAGGAUAUCUGCAAUGAUGUGCUUGGCCUGCUGGAUAAUUUCCUUAUUAAACAUGCAAGUGCCGCUGAGAGCAAGGUCUUCUACCUGAAAAUGAAAGGAGACUAUUAUAGAUACCUGUCUGAGGUUGCAUGUGGAGAGACUAAGAAGGACACUGUUGGGAAUUCUCAAGAGGCAUACCAGCAAGCUUUUGACAUCAGCAAGGGAGAGAUGCAGCCAACACACCCCAUCAGGCUUGGUCUGGCCCUCAAUUUCUCUGUCUUCUAUUAUGAAAUCCUCAGCAGCCCAGACAAGGCCUGCAGCCUGGCUAAAACGGCAUUUGAUGAAGCCAUUGCUGAACUUGAUACUUUGAAUGAGGAUUCCUACAAAGACAGCACCCUGAUCAUGCAACUACUAAGGGAUAACCUUACUCUGUGGACAUCAGAAAACCAGGGAGAUGAGGCGGAGACAGGAGAGGCGGACAACUAAAGGAAAUUGCACUGUUAAUCCACCUACACUCUUAUCUUAAACACAGACAGCUUAUAUACAUCCCCUCCACUCCAUCAGCCCCUCCCACUUCUGUAUGACAAGCAGCCUGAAUUGCUCCUGAUCAACUAGUUUUACCCCUCUCAACUUUAUUGUGAGGUGACAGGGUAAUUUUUUCAGUUCUUAGCAGACUCAGUCACUUUGUGGAAAUAUGUUGUAUUGAGUAGUGAGUCCAUGUUGCUGAAUAUGUUUUUAUUUUGGCUUUGUAUGUACUGUAUGUAUGCUGGUUUGUGCAGCAAGAGAGCAUGUGAGUGUGAGUCCUAGAAUAACAGGUUGGGGUUGUUGUGAAUUUUAAUUGUUCCUUUCAAUUGUUCCUUUUAUCCCUGCUAUAAUUUCCUGUGCAUUUAUAAUUCCUUUUUUGCUACUUUUAUUUGUGAUUCCUCAUGCUACUUCAAAUGUUUAUUGUGUACGGUAAUCAAGCUGGCAGUUGAUUUUCAGGACAACACUGUGAGGGUAAUUGUUCAAUUUCUCAAAAAAAUCUAAUUGAAAAACUGUAAAAUCCUGUAUUCAGCUAACUGCAAUUCUGCUGUGAGCUCAUACAGAAAGGAGGCAGGCUAUAUUGUGACACUGACAUCUUGGUGUAAUCCUCCUUGAUCAUGUUCACACAACUUUCACUGUUUAAAAGUUUUAAGGGACCCCAUAAAUUGUGAUUUUAGAUUUGUUUUAGACAUAAUAUUACAUUCCACCUUCUUAGGAAUAGGCAAAGCUCAUUUUUAUUAUUUUAUUAUUAAGUAUGGUUUGUCUCGUAGUUUUACUCGCUGUUCAGGUGCUGCUUGAACUCAAGUACAAAAAAAUGUAUGUGCAUAAAUGUGGUUCUCAGUAUUUUGCAAGUUUGACUAUCAUCUGUAUGUACAACUAAAGUAAUCUUAUGAUA